GCCAAUUAAAUAUUAUUCAAUCUUAAGAAAGAAAUCCUGACACCUGCUAAAACAUGGAUGCACCUAGAGGACACGAUGCUGAGUGAAAUAAGCCAGACACAAAGGGACAAAUACCGUCUGACGCCACUCGGACGAGGUCCCUAGGGGAGUCAAAUCCGCAGACAGAAAAGCAGGCAGGUGGGUGUCGGGCUGGGGAGUGAGUGUUUAAUGGGGACAGAGUUUCAGUCUGAGAAGAAGGAAAGUUCUGGAGAUCUACUGCCUAACAAGGCCCGUAUCGUUUACGCUACUGAACUGCACACUUAAAAAUGGUUAAGAUGGUUAAUUUUAUGUUAUGUGCUUUGUACCACAAACAAUACAAAAAAGAACAAACGAAAAGACUGUGGUUCAUAGCAGAUGUUCAGUAUAUGUUAGUUCCCUUUUCUGAGUAAUAUUUUAUGCUAAUUUCACCACUGUAAUCAAUACAUAUAUGAAAAAACACACCUUCACAGCAACACCUAGACUAAUGUUUGGGCAAACACCUGGGCUUGUAGCCUGGCCAACAGGGUGCAAAACUGACCCUCACGCCCUCCUCCUCUGCGGGCCCUUGCCCUCCCCGCACCCCCUGCCCCGCUGCCGUCGUGCGGCAGCCCCCACCAGCCUUCUUCUUCUCCAGCUGUGUGGUCCAGGCGUAUAGAUGCGAAUAGUUUCCUUGAAAUGGUCUGGGGAGUUUUGAGGGAAGGGGUGGGAAAGUCUUUUCUCACCGUCGCAAAGCCUGAAGCCACGACCCGGAGCAGCCAGGACAAAGGUAGGGCACCCAGAGCCGGCUUCUUCUUCCAUCCUGGCCCGGGGUCACUGGCCCGGUGCCCGCUGGAGCCAUUUUGUCCCCGUCAGCACAAAUCUUGCGGCCUCAGCAGCUGUCCUGGGCCUCAGCAGGAAAUGUCCCUGUGGCUUCCAUAUUCUGGCAGGCAGAGGGCCAGCCAGGCCGCUGGGGUACAGGGCAUACCUCGCCUGUUCAGAUUCACCAGGUGGUCACAGGGCCGAGGCGGGUGUGUGUGGGCGAGCGCGACUCUGGGGGCCAUGCACGGGGGUGAAGGGAACUCGUGGGGGCCUGUCUGUGACUAUCGCUGGGGGCAGGAGCUGGAGGGGGGAUGGAAGGAGCCCCCUCAGCCCCAGCUUGUAAUCACAGACCUCCGAGUGCCGUGGCCAGGCCAGCAGGUCACUGCCCGGACAGGAGCGCAGGAACCUGGGCCCGGUGUUGGGAGCCGGAGCCGCUGCCCCAGGUCGGGGUGGCGGUGGGUGUGUGUGUCCGAGGGCUGAGCACACAUAGGCGGGGGUGUGUGUGCUGCUGUGGCGUCUUCUUACUAAACAGUCAGGCCACGGGGCUCCCUCAGGAGCCAGCUUUGCUCUUCCGGGCGGAAGGGGGUCAGGUUUCCCUGAGAAUAGCCCCUGACCGCCCCAAGGACACCUGGCUUGGCCUCCCCAUGGCCAGUCCGGCCACCUGGUCCCGUCAGCUCCGCCACCUCUCGCCCCUCGCUCGUGGCCAGCUGUCUUCUCUGUGGACCCCCAGCCCCUUCUGCACAGGGUGGCCAGAGGGGGACCCCAGUGCAUUUGUUUAUUGAACCUGUCUUUAGAGGGUGUCUGCAAAGUGCUGGCACCAUGCUGGGCCCUGGGUCCUUGGGGAUGUGAGGGCGACACCUGUCCAGGGAGGGCCGUCAACAAGAACCCUCACCAAGAAGUGAUGACAGCCCGUGGGGCUUCCGCCGCACAGCGGAGGGAAGGGGCUCACUGGGGAGAAGGGAGCAUCCCCUCUCCUGCCCCGGCCCACGACGUCCACCCUUGCCGUGGCCCAGGGGGGCCUUGGCUGGGACCCAGGGUCAGCGAGGGAGCUCUGGGGUGAGGGGCUGCUCAGGCCAGGAAGGGCCACGUGGGGAAGGGCCAACCUGUCCCAAAAUAGGGCUGACAGGAUCUCCUGGCCAUAAACGGCUCUUGGAAUCUGGACCCCAGGGACCCCGGGCAGCUGGGCCCGCUAAAACUCAGCCGCCCCCUCGGCCCCUUGUACUCGGCCCACAGCAGCUCCAGCGCCACCGUGCAGCGUCCCCUCAGCCGGCCACAGACAUGGUAAGGCUGCUCCCGGCGCCUGGCAGAGCCCCCGGUGGGCUGGGCUGGGCCGUCCAGCGGGAGCUGGGGGCAGUGCCUGGGGGAGAGAGGAGACGGGCAGGCCUCUACGCACACGGGGCUCAGGCUGGGGCCGUGACCAAAGGUGGGAGGGUCUCUGGGGACGUGAGGAAGACGUCCAGUGAGGCUGGGCGGAGAGCGCGGAGUGGGGCGCCCGAGGCCGGGCCCUGCCAGCCAUGGGCGCCGCCCUUGCUCUGGGGGCCAGGCCGGAGCAGCCUUUUCGGAAGGCGGCCGGGGCGGUGGCAGGCGGGGUGGCCGGCGCUGGACCACCCCUCCGGGACGCCAGAACAGGCUGGGGCCCUCACCCUGGCCCCCGGUCAGGCUCCUCCCCACGCUGGUCCACGGUGUCCCUCCCCUGGCCUCACUGGCUGUCCAGCGCUGCCCUACUGCACUCUCACAUGGCUGGCCUGCCCCUGCCUCGAGCGCCGUCCCCUCUGAGUGGCCUCGCGGGGCCCUGCUCUCCCCUCGAGACCCCUCCCCGUGCCGCCUGGCCUCAAGCCUGCUCUGGGCUGGGGCCGCCAGCCUCCCCCGGCCUGAGGGGUGGAGGCCCCGGCGAGCCUGGGCCCGUGUCCCCACAGACGGAGCGCCUGACGGCGGAACAGGUCAAGGAGUACGAGGGCGUCUUUGAGAUGUUUGAUGAGGAGGGCAACGGGGCGGUGAAGACGGACGAGCUGGAGCGGCUCAUGAGUCUGCUGGGCAUCAACCCCACCAAGAGCGAGCUGGCCUCCAUGGCCAAGGACGUGGACCGAGACAGUGAGGCCGGCCGGGGCAGCGGGGGCGCGUCGCCGGGGUGUGAGUGCGGGGGGGCUCGCCACCCUCACUCGGGCACCCGCCGCUUGCUCCCUGCAGGGAGAGGGUUCUUCAACUGCGACAGCUUCCUGGCGCUGAUGGGGGUGUCCUGGGAGAAGGCCCAGAACCAGGAGACCGAGCUCAGGGCGGCCUUCCGCAUCUUCGACAAGGAGGGCAAGGGCUACAUCGACUGGGACACGCUCAAGUACGUGCUCAUGAAUGCGGGCGAGCCCCUCAGCGAGCUGGAGGCCGAGCAGAUGAUGAAGGAAGCCGGCAAGGACGGGGACGGGACCAUCGACUACGAGGGUGAGCGGGGGGUGGGCCCCGGGAGCCCGGCGGCCGGGUCAGGCCAGGCUGCUGACUUGUCCCUCGGCUCUCAGAGUUCGUGGCCGUGAUGACUGGGGAGUCCUUCAAGCUGGUCCAGUAGGAGCAGCCACUGCGGCCAUGGGAGGCCCGCUGCCUGCUGCCAUCAGCCUGCUGCCCACCCUGUCAUCCGCCCCACGCCAGCUCCGUGGCCAAUAAACGCUCCAGCCAGACUCGUGUGUGCUUCACUGUCCCCAGGCUGGAAAAAGGGGCUGCAAAGCUGCGGGUCUGGAGAAGGGAGAGGGUUCUCCUGAGCUGCCCAUCACAGUUGGGCCAUCACUUCUGUGGGACACCUGACACUGCCUACAGCCCGGCUCUGGGCUGCGGACAGCAGCCGGAAGGCCAGGCUG